AUGGAUCUCCCGCACCACUGGCGUCUGCUCGCCCUGCUGGCCUGCGCAAACGUCCUGUGCCAGGACUACCCCGAGGAGGUGCCGCCGCCGCCGGACUACGCGGACCCGUACGCCGCCUACCCCCCGCGGUGCGCCCCCGAGUGCUCCUGCCCGCCCUCCCACCCGUACGCCAUGUACUGCAACGACCGCAAGCUGACGUCGGUGCCCGCCGUGCCCCGGCACAUCCGCCACCUCUACGCGCAGGCCAACGCCAUCGAGGGCCUGACGGCCGCGCCCUUCGCCAACGCCUCGGCCCUGACGGACGUCAACCUCGGCCACAACCGCCUCCGGUCGCCGCUGGUGGACCGCAAGGCCCUCGCCGGGCUCACCAGCCUCCUGCACCUCCACCUGGACCACAACGAGCUGGAGGAGGUGCCCCCGUCCCUGCCCAAAAGCCUGCAGCGCCUGUUCCUGGGCUCCAACAAGAUCUCCAAGCUGUCGGCCGACGACCUGCACGGCCUGGCCGACGUGGCGGUGCUGGACCUCUGCAACAACCGGCUGACGGACGUGAAAGGGAAGGCGCUCGUGGUCAUGAAGGGCCUGAUGCAGGUCAGCCUGUGUGGAAACAAGCUCCGGUCCAUGCCGUCGGAGCUGCCCGGGUCCCUGCUGCAGCUGUCCGUGGACCACAACGCCAUCUCCUCGAUCCCCGACGGAUACUUCCGGAAGACGCCCAACCUCAUGUCCCUGAGGGCGUCCUACAACAAGCUGACGGACGUCCCCUACGAGCUGUUCAACCUGUCCAGCCUGCUGGAGCUCAACCUGGGCCACAACCAGCUGAGCAGUACCUUCUACGUGCCCCGAGCCCUGCAGCACCUGUACCUCAACGACAACGAGUUUCACGAUGUGAACAUCUCGCUCAUGUGUCCUUCUGUGAACCGAGACAAUCCCAACCUGCUGACCUACAUUCGCAUUGACAACAACAGGCUGAAGAGAGCACUCGACAACUACGUCUACGCCUGUUUCCCCCGAAUCAACACCAUUUUCUACGGAGAGCAGAAGGCCGAAAAGCGAGAGGAAGCUGAGAAGGUUGAGAAGGUUGUGAAGGUUGAGAAGGUUGUGAAGGUUGAGAAGAAACCACCCCCCACCACCAAAAAAAGGCCUCCAAUAAAAAAGGACAGGCCUCGCCAAAAUGGCAGAUAAUGAACGAGAUGCAAAAUGAGAUGCGUAAUACUAAUCGAUUGUCUGCAUUACAGCAUAAAGGUUGAGUUUACACUCAUAAAAUACCCCCACAUGCAAAAACAAAUAUUAUUAGGAAACAUUAGGAGGGCUGUUGUGAAAGACACGAGUGCUCACACGCAUGGAUUUCUGAACCUCGUUAAACUAGCCAUGGACUACAAACCAAGGCAACAAAAGUCACAGAAGACACAUUUUAACCGGUGGAUUUAAAAUAGUUUUGACAUCUCUAGACACCCUGAGGAAGCUCAAGUGUGCAACUUCAUCUUGAGUUCAGAACCAUACACCUCAUAUAUCAAUAGAAAGGUUGAGAUGGUCUCUACUAUUAGCUACUAUUCGACAUUACUGCUCCGUGAAUCCGUCAUACUCGAUUCCCUGGAAGGCAUCUCAAGUCACCUGGCAUUAAGGAUGCAGCUGACAAUGCGGUUUGUGUAGUCUGUUUAAUUUGUGCGAAAAUUGGUGCUCAAUAGUCAGCAAUGCUGCUAUAAAGUUGUCUUAGAGUCUUAGAUGGGUUGCCUUAAGUCUGCCAACUCAUUUUAUUCUGCAAUUCUGCAAAAGCGUGAUUGGUAAAGAUCUCGCUAGUGCAGAAAUUCACAACUCGGAGCUUAAAUUGGGUAAAUGGUUUUCAGAAAUAGCCGAAGUUCAGCCGAGGUUGAUUUGUGUUAAGGGUGUUCCUGUACUGCUACCCUAACACAUGCAAAUCGGUGCAUACUCUGCUGCCCGUCAAAACUAAAACUGUGCUUGAAUUGUAUUGAAUAAGCUCACACGCAUGCAUGAAAUACAUAUUCUGAAUGAGAUAUGCUUAGCCUCACUUGUGAAUGACGCGGUAGGCAUGAAUGGAAUACAAGCUGAUGGGGCACUAUAGUUUCUCUGUAUACGUCAAUGCAUCGCAUUUACUGUCAAUGUAUGAUCCUCGCUUUUUAAUGUCGUUAUUUAUUGUCUGUCUGUGGUAGUCUUCAAAUGUUAAUCAUUGUUAUGCACCAGUAAAGGUUGUACCUUUGGAAACCAAAAUUUUUCAAAAAAUGUAGUAACAAGCUGGAAGAAAAGUUUAUAUCCGUGUUACAUUAAAUUACAUUACUGGCAUUUGAUGUACAGUUGAUUAGACUAAGCAGGAGACAAUCAUCCCCUGGAGCAAUGCAGGGUUGGGGGCCUUGCUCAAGGGCCCAACGGCUGUGCAGAUCUUAUUGUGGCUACACCGGGAUUAGAACCACAAACCUUGCGUGUCCCAGUCAUUUACCUUAACCACUAUGCUACAGGCCGCGUGUUGGUUGAAUGACGUGGAGUCAAACAGCACGGUGGCUUCUUUGGCUAAGCCCCCUCGGCCUCUGAUAGAAUUCGGACCACACCAGUGCCGACUGUGGCCAGUAUCUCCGUGGGGUAACAGAAACUGGGAGCUGGAUAUGAAGAGCGCAAUGUUGAGUACCAAUGUUAAAAAAACAUUUUUUUAAAUGUUGGAAUCUUUCAAAAGGUCAUUUUUGGCGUACACGUUACGUUACAUUACAUAUCUUCACGCAUUGACAAAACAGUUUAUAAUGAGGCGGGUUGUCAAAAGCCUUGGCAUCCAGUUUAUAAUGUUUUCAUCUUCUGAGCGUUCAAUAAGGGUGGCAUUAUUUACAUUGCCACAAUUACAUUGUAAUUUUCCAUGUUUUCUGCACUUGCCCUUUAC